UCCUUAGUGAAUGAAGCUCAUGUUUAUGGUAGGGAAGAUGAUAAAGAGGGUGUACUUCAAUUUUUGUUUAGUGAAAAUUAUAGCGCAGAUGAAGUGUCUGUGAUUCCCAUUGUUGGUAUGGGAGGUAUAGGAAAGACAACUCUUGCCCAGCUUGUAUACAAUGAUGCUAAAGUGAAUAGCUAUUUUGAUAUGAAAGCAUGGGUUUGUGUUUCUGAAGAGUUUGAUGGUGUUAAGGUUACAAAAACAAUUCUAAAAUCUUUCUCCUCUGAUAACUGUGAUGACAAUGAUUUAAAUUUGUUGCAAGUGAAACUAAAGGAAAAACUGUACUCAAAGAAGUUUCUAGUCAUUUUGGAUGAUGUUUGGAAUGAAAACUACAACGAUUGGACCAUUCUCCGUGCUCCUUUUGAAGUAGGGGCUCCAGGAAGUAGGAUUGUAAUCACAACUCGCAAUGAAAGUGUUUCAUCAAUGAUGGGCACCAUUCCAACUUAUGCUUUGAAAGAGUUGUCAGAUGAUGCUUCUUUGUCUAUAUUUAACCGAAAUGCAUUGGGGACCAAAGACUUCAAUGCACAUCCAGAACUUAGAGAUAUUGGUGAGGAAAUUGUUAAAAAGUGUAAAGGCUUGCCUUUGGCAGCAAAGACCCUUGGAGGCCUCUUACGCACUAAACUAGACCGUUCUGAGUGGGAAGAUGUGCUAAAUAGCAAGAUAUGGGAAAUACCAGAAGAGAGAAGUGGAAUUGUUCCAGCUCUUAUGUUGAGUUACUACCAUCUCCCUUCACAUUUAAAGAGGUGCUUUGCAUAUUGCUCAAUACUCCCCAAGGACUACGAAUUUGAGGAACAGCCGUUGGUACUAUUAUGGAUGGCAGAAGGUUUAAUACAACUAGAAGAUGGGAGAAAAUCACCAGAAGAUUUGGGUAGUGAGUAUUUUCGCAAUCUCUUGUCAAGGUCAUUUUUUCAACAAUCAAGCAAGGAUAUAUCACGGUUUCUAAUGCAUGAUCUCAUCAAUGAUUUGGCUCAAUGGGUUGCAGGAGACAUAUGCUUUAGAAUGGGAGAUAAACUGGAGGUUAAUAACAUAGGGAAAUUUUCUAAACAGGUCCGGCAUUUAUCUUACCUUGGUGGCCGAUAUGAUGGCGCUAAAAGGUUUGAGGCUUUUUCUGAAGCCACAUGUAUACGUACCUUCCUACCUCUUAUGUUGCCAAAUCCAGGGAACUGUUACUUGACUAGUAAUGUUCCUUUUAAUUUUUUUCCAAAAUUAAGGGUGCUCUCUUUGAGUGGAUACUGCAUAACUGAGCUACCUGAUUCCAUUGUUGAUCUGAAGCAUCUACGGUACAUUGACCUUUCUCACACUAGAAUCAGAAGCUUGCCUGAAUCAAUAGCCUUUCUCUGCAACUUACAAACAUUGAUAUUAGAGAACUGUGUUUAUCUAAAGAAAUUGCCUUCAAAGUUCGGGAAUCUUGUCAAACUGCGCCACCUCAAUAUUCUAAAAGCAGAUUCAUUGGAAGGAAUGCCUCCACAACUAGGUAAAUUAACUUGUCUCCGGACAUUGUCUAAUCUAGUUGUGGGAAAAGGCCAUUGCUCCAAGCUAAAGGAGCUUGGGUUUUUGACACAUAUUCGAGGGACACUUUGCAUUUCAAGAUUGGAGAAUGUCACUGUACCCAGGGAUGCAAGGGAUGCUAAUUUAAUUGGUAAGCCCGGUCUUAAUGAGUUGCUGUUGGAAUGGAGUAGCAAAAUUGAUGAGUCACAAGACCGAACAAAUGAAUUAGACGUACUUGACAUGCUACAGCCUCCCAAGGCUUUGAAAAAGCUCACUAUCAGGUGCUAUGAUGGUACAAGAUUUCCAACUUGGUUAAGAGGUCAUUCAUUUCCUAAUAUGAUGCUCCUGAGGAUUGAAAAUUGUAAAAAGUGCACAUCCCUCCCACCAGUCGGACAACUACCAUCACUCAAAGCCCUUUUUAUCAAAGGAAUGGCCAGAGUGAAAAAUGUUGGUCCUGAGUUUUAUGGGGAAGGUUGUUCACAACCUUUUAGAUCCUUGGAAACUUUGUGUUUUGAGAAUAUGCAGGAAUGGGAGAGCUGGACUCCUUACGGAGAAUUCCCAUGCCUACGCCAGCUUUCGAUUACAAGUUGUCCCAAGCUAUUGGGGAAGUUACCAAACCAGCUUCCUUCACUGGAAAAUUUUGUGAUAAAUGGAUGUGGACAGUUGGUGGUUUCAGUUUCAGGCUUUCCAAUGCUAUGCAAUCUAGAAAUUGAGAAAUCCAAAGGGGUAGUACAGGGAGGUGAGGUUGAGUUUAGCUCACUAAACUUCACAUUUCUUUCAACGUCAGAAUUCACAUGUCAAACGGAAGGGCCUAUACAAGGACUAGAAAAGGUAGAAGACUUGACUAUUGAUAAUUGUGAGGAGCUGGUGUCUUUGUGGUCAAAUGAUGUGGGAUUACAACAUCUUCGUUCUCUUCGUGUUCUGAAGAUUUCUACUUGUCCCAAACUAAUGUCUUUGGAAGAAGAAGUAGAAGAGCAUCUGCAAUUGGGUUUGCCAUCCACACUAAGAGAAAUUGAGAUCAUAAAUUGCAAUGCCCUGGUAUCUCUACCCAAGGCACUGAUGUACAACAUCACCUGUCUUGAGCGUAUUUCUAUUGAUAGAUGUGAUUCGUUGACAUCCUUUGCAAUAGGCCAGCUGCCUCCAACUCUGAAGUGGCUAAAGAUUGAUCGUUGCAAGAAUAUGCUGAUUUUGCUGGAAAAGGACGAUAUCAAUUAUUUCUGCAGCAACAAGUCUCUUCUUGAGUACUUAGAAGCUGUUGAAUGUCCUUCACUCAAGUCCUUAACAUCAAGUGGAGAGUUACCUGCGACACUUAAACAGCUCCACAUUAGCUCUUGUCAAAACCUUGAGUCAAUAGCAAAGAGGUUACAUGACAACUCAUCUCUCGAACGCAUUAGCGUUUCAGAUUGUGACAACUUUAAAUCUUUACCCAUGGGCAUACACACCCUCAGUUCUCUAGAUGAGAUUCACAUUUGGAAUUGUCCAAGUCUUGUAACUUUCCCAGAUGGAGGGCUGCUCCCAACCAGCCUGAGAAUGCUUUGGAUUUUCGGUUGUAAAGAUAUGCAGGCCCUGCCCAACUGCAUUCACAACCUCACCUCUCUUCAAGAAUUAAAUGUAUGGGAGUGUCCAGGCAUUGUAAAAUUUCCGGAAGAAGGUUUUCCCACCAACAUAACAUCACUUUUUAUCUGUGAUCUCAAAAUCUAUCCAGCCUUGUUUAAGUGGGGUUUGGACAAGUUCACCUUUCUUAGACAACUUAACAUUAGAGGUGGAUGUCCAAAUAUAGUUUCCUUUCCAGAGAUGAUGCUUCCAGCCUCCCUAACGAGCCUCACCAUUCAAAUCUUUCCGAAUCUGAAGUCCCUGUCUUCCAAAGGCUUUCAAAUCCUCACGUCUCUUGAAUAUCUUUCAAUCUAUCAGUGCGAACGGCUCAAGUCCUUCCCAAAGGAUGGCCUGCCGCCCUCACUCCUUGAACUUCAUAUCCAAAGAUGUCCUCUGCUGAAAGAACGCUGCAAGAAAUUUGUAGGACAAGAGUGGUCCAAGAUAGCCCUCAUCCCUUGUGUUCAGAUUGAUGGCAGGUUCAUCUAUGACCCAGAAAAUGAGAAUUGA